AUGAACUCCUAUUCCCGAGCUUUGUCGCCUUUGGUUGCUUUAUCCACUCUCUUUGGACCUGGAGAGAGGCUCUACUCAAAGUUACACUCUUGGCUUGGAGGAUUCAUUUUUGUCUCCUUGCUCGGCGGAAUGACUUUUGUGGCCAUCAUCGGAGUGUUUGUUCGGACGACCAUUGACACGUGGAUACAGUUUUCGCUUUACAUCGUUCCCUUGAUUGCUUUGGUCGCUGGAUUUCGCGUUUACACAUCCUCAGCCUUCUACAAACUUCUUCAGAGGAAACUGUCUGGCAAAUCCAUGGUGAAAGGGUUCUUGGAGUCUGAUGAACACGUUCCGUGGCACGAGACAAAGAGAAAAUCAUGGUUGAGAAAAGCUGCCUUGAAAAACUGCAUUUAUCCAUUCGUCUUAGAAAUUUAUCAGUGGACUGCCUAUAUCAUUUUCCAUACGGUAUUUAAAGGGGACUAUUUUGCAGGUUCUUGGACAGAGAGUCAUAUUGAAUUGUUCGAACUUGACGCAAGGACUUGGUUAGGUCUGUAUGGUUUCUUCUGGGUAAUGGCUAUGUACAUAACUGGGUUUGUAGCUUACACUUUCAUUCUGAUUAGCCGGUUGGCUGUCCGAGAUGUUGUUUGCUUCAUGUGUAUGUUUGGUGACAGUCCAUUUUUGAUGUACAGGCCCUCGGAGGAACAAAACCUAGUCUUAAAGAACCUUAGUCCAUUACGAAGGGUCGUAAAUGGCAUAUUCGGAUUUCUCUUCAUGGAUUUCUUCCAGACUGGAAAGGACAUUGUUCUAGUUUAUGAAAAGGACGCACCAGUUUUAGAUGAAGUCGGGACCACUUUGGACCAAAGUACUCUCGAAGAAGGACACUGUAAUCCACAGGAAUCCCAGGGAUUUGAUAAUUUUUCUGCGUCGAUUGAGGUAACGCGACCAACACAGGGAAGGCUUAGUGUGCCAGAACGACCAAAAAUUACGCCAGUAGACGCCAGCAAGUAUCUUUCCAAUGUCAUCAGUAGUAUUGAAGCUCUGGCAGGUCUUUUUCAGCCGUUCAUCGUUCUAAUAUCGUUCUUCUCUGUGGCCAACCUUGUGACCCACGUGGGAGCCAUUGUAAGCCUUAUUGCAAACUUCAAAACGUCUCAUUGGUGGACAUUUGUGAGAACAUGCAUCUGGCUUCUACUCUCACUCCGGCUCCUCUGGAGUGCAGCUGGCAUUACCAAAGGCUUAUCACACGUCUCGCAGCAUCUCAAUUACCUCUGGUCUGUAGGUCAGCUACAUGGCGAUAAAGAAGAGUGGCAAAGGUUUUUCAAGCUGGUCGAAUCGUUCCAUUUGGGGACCAAGACAUACGGGUUUCCUCUCACACUGAAGCAAGCGGCAUCGAUUGCAACCUUCAUCAACUUUGCACUGAUCAUUGUGCUGUCAAUCAUGAAACCAUCAGUACACUUGCCAGCACGUGGUGACUAACACCCCCUUGUUAUCAGGCAUUAGUGUCGCCAUGUACGAUUCAUCAUCAAAAUUUAUGUAAAACUUAAGAGGCGAGAUAGGAACCUACAACCUGCAACCAACCCUGCAACCGUCUUUUAACAUGUCACGAAGCCAUCUUCUCGAGGGAAGCGUUGCGUGACAUCCCAAAAAACAGCUGGUAUGGAGACUAGAGAUAACUAACAACGCUUUGUGAUUGGUUUUAAAAACCAACAUCACCUGUUCAACAAACCAAAUGUGAACUGAAUUCGAUCCCACGUGUUUUUCGCGCUUUGUGCCAUAUUUAUCACUACUACCAAAUUUGUUUAGUUUUUUUUCUUUCAACGAUUCAAAAGUGAAAGAGUAUAAAAAAAGAUGUAAGCACAAGUUUGUAAAAUAAUUUACUAAACAGGUGCAGAUUCAUAAAUUUUGUAAGUGGAUGGUCUAAGCUUUGAUCUAGAAAAUGUUUUUGUCACAUUAGAGCCAGUAGCCAGUAGUUUACCGUUAAGGACAGUGAAGGUAUAAUCUCUAACUUCCUGGACUUCGAGCAGUCCAACUUCUUUUUCGCGUCCAUCACUCCCAGAGUUUAGCGCGGCGCUGACAGCAGUUGUUUUUUUCGCUGACUCUUUUGACUCGCGCGAGUGACAGAUAGAUAGAUAGAUAGUUAGAUGACCUUAAUUUAUACACGAUAAUAUUUUAAGCUUCAAGCUUGUGGAGUCGUGUGAAGGAAAAGGAAAACUACACGUUAUGCAAAUUUAACUUGAUUUUGAAAGUAGAAAAUAAUACAUAUUAUAACUUCUACGUAAAAAAAAAAUCGGUAUGUAUAAGGCGAGCAGUUGAAGCGGAAAGUAUGUCGAAUUUUAAUUCUUUAAAGUAGUCUGAUGAGUAAGCGUUUUUUCAGGUUAUUGAGACUAAAGCGUCCAACUUGUUGUUUAUAGUAGCAAACAGUGUUCCAUAACAAAGCGCCGCAAUAUUUAAGUGAGUCUUUCAUGUAUCUUGGUAAUUUAGUGUUUUCAACUUUUUUCAAUAAAGGUAAGUUAAGCAGUAAAUAACAUUGGCAGAGGUGCACUUAGGCCCCGACAUUUUCUCUACGUCAUGAAUGAGAGCACAAGUUUUGCAUCGUGAACGGGCGCAUUUGAAAGUUCCAGGUUGGUCAUAGACACUUAAAUCUCCUUAAUCAUUCUAGACAGCAUAUGGCAGUUUGCGGUAUUUCCUUACAUAUGGGCAGUUCGGAAAGCCGUAAAACUCUACAGCAAAAAUUUAUCUUCCAAAUCGGCACUCUCGAUCCCCACGGUUUCAAAGAGUGCUUUUCAUUCGACUAAUUUAUUUUUGUUUUCUCGUCACCAUAUUCCCACCGAUACUUAGCUCCAACUUUUGCAAUAUAAACCCACACACAACCCACAAUUUCUCCUAUCGCUCUGAUAAAGGGCUAACGCCCGAAACUUCAGCCUUUAAACUCUUACGGUGGCAAAUUUACGUUUUCAACUCAGUUGAUAACGCUAAAUUACCUUGAGACAUAGUUUGAUGCUACUCUGGUUUGCAGAUUUAAUGGAUGUAACCGAAGAAGUUACAAUUCAUAGACCCAACGUUUCGACACUCCUGUCUAGUGCCUUCGCGACAUUGGAAACAAAUUUCCUCUCUUCAGCCUUCGAAUCGAUUGAAGAUGACUGACUGUCUACCAUCUUCAGUCGAUUCGAAGGCUGAGAAGAGGAAAUAUGUUUCCAAUGUCCUAAAGGCAAAUGGCUAUACAAAAACUUUUCUCCAUAACUGCCAAAAACCAGUUACAAAUAGUAACGCUCUUGAUGAAAGGGAACCAGCGACUGGUUUUGUUGUUAUCCCUUACAUACAGGGUGUUACGGAACCCAUCAAGAGAAUUUUGAAUAGCCACAAGUUAAAGUUGCUCAAAAACCUUUUCAGACUUUGGGGGCAUAUUUUCGCCAAACUUAAGGAUCCUGUCAUGUAAGGAAAACGAACCGAUGCCAUUUAUUCUAUUCCCUGCAAUGACUGUGACAACGAAUACAUCGGACAGACCAAACGUCGGUUUGGUACACGGUUAAAAGAGCACAAAAAAGCGGUUUUCCUUUGCAAAAAGGAAAAUUCGGCUUUAUCGGAGCAUACAUGCCUAACUAACCAUACAAUUGGGUGGGAUAAUUCUAAAAUUAUCACCACUAAUCGGCGUUACCAUCAGCGCCUUGUUUGGAGGCUUGGCAUAUUAACUCCGCCCACGCUCCUUUAAAUCGUGACGAUGGCGGUUUGCUUCCUGACGCCUAUUUACGCCUCGUCUGAAAAAAGGCCGCUAAUUAGUGAUCAUAUAAAAGGACCUCUUAUUACAGCAUUUAGAUCACCCCUGAUGAAGGCACUAGACUGGAGUGUCGAAACGUUGGGUCUAUGAAUUGUAACUUCUUCGGUUACAUUCAUUAAAUCUGCAAACCAGAGUAGCAUCAAACUAUGUCUGAUUGUCCACAUGGUUGCCGUGUGAACUUUAAAUUACCUUGUUAUACUCUCCCACCGACGCAGCACCACAGUUUCUAUAGAAACUUACCCCCUUUUUUAUGUAUCUUGUUUGGAACCUGAGUACUGUUUAAAGGUCGCGUCCCCUCAGAAAGUAACCAUUUGAGCGACAGUUAAGGAUGUUUUCAGACAGUGUGUCGGGGAGAGUAGCAUCGUAGUCUUUGUAGAAAAGCUUGAAGAUGUCUUAUUUAUAAUACAAGAGAAGUGUAGGCCACUGGUCGUAUCUAAGCCACGUCGGAUGAUGUCAUAUCUUUGGGUAUAUUAAAUAUAUAAUUGUUGCUGCCCUGCAGUGUAGCCUUUCUAUUGAACCGAAUAAAUCAGAAUGAAUUUAAGAUCCCCAAAAACAAUAAACAACGGCUUAAAAUAUGACCCAGUAUGAUUUAUUCAGAAGAACUUGCUUUGUGAAAAAUGUCAUCUUCUCGGCAAGAGAUUGUAAACUUGCCGUUGGAAAAAUAAGUAUAAAAAUUUUUUUCGAGUCGAGAUUUACCUAAAUAAUUUAAUCGAUAGCAAAUGUGUGCUUUGAAAGAGUUUCAACAACUAUUAUCAUUGACUGCCACUGAAUACUGGACGAAAUAAACCCGAUGGCUCGCUUCAUAAGACUUGAGAAUUUCUCCUAAGGUGCGCACGCAUAAAUGAAGUAUUGGAUCUACAUAAAUACUCCAUGGCAACCUUAUUCCUUUACCUACUAUUGCUAUACAACCUAAAAAAUCAAACACACUGAAACAUCCGCCACAUUUUUUCCAAAAUUCUGACUGUCCAAACAAGAGAAUAUAUUCCUGAAUAAAUUCAGUUUCGGAGCUUGGAGUAGAACUAAGUAUCGUUCUGAAUGACGAAAUAGCAAAGGAAGGUAAUAUGUAGAGCUGGGUGUAGAUAUCUGCAAAAGGUCAACACUAAACGAAUUUGUAUGUUUUUCAAUAUAGAUUCGUUCAUGGUUUUCCACAGGCUCGCGAUUCGGUAAAUAAUCUUAUGCCAAGGAUAUUAAAUAAAAAAGGAAGGAGGGGGUAAUUUUCUAAAAACUGUGGCGCUGCCACUGAGGUACAAGAAAAUUUGGUUUAUCAACUGAGUUGAUCAUAUUAAAAGGUCACCGCAAAGAGUUUCUAUAAAAUUGACAUCUCGAGCGUCAUUCCUUCGUCAGAGCGAAAAGAGGUGAUACUACGUAGAAGUAGCUGCAACGAGUCUCUAUGAUAAAAAAAGGAAAAAAAUUGCGUACCUCUGGAAAGGUAAAUAAGUCGAUUUAACAAACAGAUUCAUGUCUAUGUACAUCUGUUUACUUAUCGAUCACAGAUGACUUCGAAGUGUGGUUAAAAAAAAAUGUGGCACACGGCGCGCAACCGAGUGUGUCUCGGUUGCUCUUACCAUAUUUUGGUCUCUUCUCCCACGACAACAUGGAAUCUUAAUGUAUUUGUUUUGGAGGAUGAAUUGAUUGAUGAUGACGCCAAGAGAUCACGAGAAAAAUCAGUCCGAAUGCUUGUAUAUGAUUAUCAAAUAAUUAUAUUAUUUAAUUAUUUAUGGUUCAAUAAUACUUUUUGACCUUUGGGACCCACGAACAAGGUUGGGGAGUUGGUAGAGAUUUCUUAUCGCAACGUUGCUCAUGUACUACAGAUCAAAGAGUGAAAAAUCUUAUUCAGUCAAGUGCUGAAGUUAAAAAGCGCGUUGCGUGACUAGAACGAGCAAUAGACCCAAACAACCGUUGUGAAAGAAACUAAGUCACGCGAAGGGAAUAGUUCCUGCGAAACCCGCUGUGUUUUUCUACUUUCUGUUCUCUUUGAUUCGGAUCACAAAUCUUCAAAGGGACAGUGAAGUAUCAAGCGAAAAGAGAAGAGUCACUAUUCUGCUCAUACGCGCUAAGGAGCAUGAAAUUUAUUCACGUUAGGAUUUUUUAGAAUAUAACUCUUGAAGCCGGUAACCGACAAUUCAGUUUCUUUUUUUCAAAAGAUUUAAAAAUGAGUUUAUCAAGCGCGUCCAUUUCAACGGGAAACUCUUAUUCUAGAGCUUUAUCUCCUAUGGUCGCCGUAUCUAUUCUCUUUGGACCUGGAGAACGGCUCUAUUCAAAAGUUCAUUCUUGGCUCGGAGGAUUUAUUUUCAUCUUUUUGCUCGGAGGAAUGACGUUUGUCUCCGUUCUCGGAGUCUUUGUGCGGUCAUCUAUCGAUACAUGGAUAGAGUUUUCGCUUUUCAUCGUUCCCCUAAUUGCACUGAUUGCUGGAUUUCGCGUGUAUACUUCCUCAGCCUUCAACAAGUUAUUGAGAAGGAAGCUGUUUAGGAAAUCAAUGGUAACCAGCUUUCCAGAGUUUGAUCAGGAAAUUCCGUGGCACGAGACACAAAGGGCAUCUUGGCUGAGGAAAGCUGCCUUGAAAAAUUGCAUCUAUCCUUUCGUCCUAGAGAUUUAUCACUGGACUGCUUAUGCGAUUUUUCGCACGAAAUUUCAAGGGGACAAAUUCCCAGGUUCUUGGAAAGACAGCAACUUUAUGCUGUUCGAAAUUAACGAUAUGACUUGGCACGUGCUUUAUUGCUUCUUCUGGGCAAUGGCUAUGUACAUCACUGGAUUUCUAGCCUACUCCUUUAUUCUGAUCUGCCGACUGACAGUGCGAGAUGUGGUCAGUUUUAUGUGCAGGUUUGGAGACAGUCCAUUUCUGUUGUAUCGUCCCUCGGUAACUAACCAAACGUCUGUUUGGAGAAAGCUUGGCUUCUUAAGAAGAGCAAUAAAUGGCCUAAGUGGAUUCGUUUCAAUGGAUUUUUUCCAGACCAAGAAAGACAUUGUUUUAGUAUAUGAACAGGAAGUUCCAUUUUUGGAUGAAAUUCAAGUAAGUUCUGAUCCUGGCAUUCUUGAGGAAGGCAACUGGGAUGCAGUGACACCUCAGGAGUUUGACAGUUUUUCCACCGAGUCAGUUAACUUCUCGAAAUCAGUAGAAGGGAGGAUAAAUGUACCUAAACGACCACAAAUCACGGCAGCAGAUGCCAGUAAAUAUCUCGCCCACGUCCUAUACAGCAUCGAAGCCCUUGCUAGCCUUUUCCAGCCGUUCAUUGUCAUGCUUCUUUUCUUCUCUGUGGCCAGUCUUGUUAUUCAUGUCGGAGCCAUGGUUCAUCUCGUUCCGAAUUUUUCGUCUUCCCACUGGUGGACUUUGCUCAAAACGGGCAUUUGGUUUCUUCUUUCCUUGCGCCUCUUGUAUAGCUCAGCAGAGAUCACUAGAACUUUUUCAAACGUUUCACAACAUCUCACUUACGUAUGGUCCGUUGGUCAGUUACAUGGUGAUAAAGAAGAUUGGCAGAGGUUUUUCAAGCUGGUGAAGUCGUUCCAACUGGGUACCAAGACAUACGGGUUUCCACUUACACUGAAGCAAGCUGCAUCCAUUGCAACUUUUAUUAACUUUGCUCUGAUCAUGGUGCUGUCAAUCAUGAAACCUUCAGUACACCUACCAACCAAAGGCAACUAG